GGCACACCGUCUGUUCCACUGCCUGACUGUCCUGCAAAGCAAGCUUGAGCAUCCUUGUGAGCAGGAUCAUGUAUGUGCUGUGCACCCUGGUGCUACUGUCCAUCCACACUCUGUUUAAGAGACGAAGGGCCCUGGAGCCCCAAGAGACAGAGGGCAGAGAGCAGCCUGAGCUGCCCGGUCUGGAAACCCAGCAGUCCGUACACAGGCAGAUGGUAAAACCCCCCUUGACAGAGGGGUCUGCAGCUCCACAGACUGGCGCUGUUCCCAAGCAUAGGGAGCGCGAAGUUGCACGCUGCCUGGAUCUGAACAGAGAGAGCAAAGUCGCCACACACCUGGAAAAUGUGCCUGACAGCAGCAAGAGAGAACAGCCGGUCCAGCGGUCCACUCUUCUUGGCCCUGCGGUCAUGCUCAGCACACGUAAGACCUGGGACCUUGGACACACCCCCUGCCUGCAGGAGCUCUGGAAGAAAGACGUCUCAUUGGAUGCAAGUUCAGUGGAUUUCCUGAUGAGUGAUGGUGAGGAGGAGAACGCCUUCCUCCCUUUGCAAAGCUCUGUCCUCCAUCGCAACUGUUUGACCUCUGACCUCCCUGAGCCUCAUCCCUCAGACAGCCAGCAGCUGCUCAUACAGACACUGCAAGAAAGGGUGUGUGAGUUCCAGGCUCGUCUGCGCAGUGAAGAGGCAAGUAAGAGAGUGCAGCUACAUAGACUGAAUCAGACGACAGACGUUUGCCAGAGCAAGUGUGAACAGAUCAGCAAGGACCAGCGUGAACCACUGAGAGUGCAGGAGAACCAGCCCAGCCAGGUUGUUAGACACUCCAAUACACAUCUGCAGCGACUUACUGAACCUCCAUACACUGCCCAAGGGGGUAAAGCUGAUCUGCAAGAGCAUCUACACAAGAAAGACGCAGAAGAACGUAAAGUCAUUAGAGGGCUGCGCACACAGAUUGAGGAGCUGGAGGAAAAAUUGUUGGACCAGACCCAGGAGGUGGAGAGACUGCGCUCUGAGCUGGGGGCAACAGACCUGGAGAAGCAGCUGGAGCUGCUGGAGAAUGAGAACCAUCGGCUCAAACAAGAGCUGAGGGCCAGUCAUGCUCAGGACUCUCCCCCCACCUGUACUGACUGCCCUCACAGUCAGGAUGCAGAGGCCCUGCGUGAACAGCUAUCUCGUCGGGAGGAGGAGUGUCGGGAGAGAGAGCGGCGGUUGGCUACACUGGAGCUCCAGGUGGAGGAGAAAUCGAGUCUGAUUGCACAGCUGCAAACACAGUUGGAUGAAGCCUUAAAGCGCAGACAGGAGAUCCAACAGCAGCUGGAUCAGACCUUACAAUGUAGCAGGGAGACGGAGGAGCAGCUGACUGUUAAGCUCAGGGAAUGUGAGGAGGCCCUCUCUCGGCAGGCUGCGCUGCCUCCGCAGGUCAAGUACAUAACUAAAACAGUGGAGGUGGAGUCAGCUCAAUGUAAGCAGGCACUGGCUGAGGCCCAGGCAAGGAAUCAUGCUCUCCAGGAGCAGCUGUCAGUCCAGAGGCAGCUCCUACAUGAGCUGGAGCAUCAACUCACAGAGUCUCAGAAAACCAGCAGCCAGCUGCGAGCCCAGAUCCUGGUGUAUGAGGGAGAGAUGGAGAGAGCACAGGGCCAGUUGGAGGCAGAGAUACAGAAUCUGGAAGAGGAGAAGAAUAGAGUGAUAGAGGAGGCCUUUAUUAGAGCUGAGAGCGAGAUGAAGGCUGUGCACGAAAACCUUGCCGGUGUACGAAUGAACCUGCUAACCCUGCAGCCUGCCCUGCGAACUCUUACCUGUGACUACAACUGUCUGAAGAGGCAGGUGCAGGACUUCCCAUACAUGCUAGAGAAGGCCAUCGCUGAAGCCAAACAGGAGAUCUGCCAGGUGAUUGGAGAGGUGAGCAGUGCAAACCAGGAACUGCUGCGCAAGUACAAACGGGAAAUGAAUCUGAGGAAGAAAUGCCACAAUGAGCUAGUGCGCCUUAAAGGAAACAUCAGAGUGUUCUGUCGAGUGCGUCCCAUUUGCCCAGGAGAGGUGGAUGCCAGUGAGGCCAAAAAUAUUGUGACCUUUGACCCAGAUGAUGAUGCCAUCCUCUACCUGUCCAACAGGGGCAAACUGAUGACCUUUGAAAUGGACAAGAUAUUCCCACCAGAGGCAACUCAGGAGGAGGUGUUUCAGGAGGUCCAGGCCCUGGUCACAUCCUGUAUUGAUGGGUUUAAUGUGUGCAUAUUUGCUUAUGGACAGACAGGUUCAGGAAAAACAUACACUAUGGAGGGUAUACCUGAGGACCCAGGCAUAAACCAGCGUGCUUUGCGACUUCUCUUCUCUGAGGUGGCUGAGAAAAAGCCUGAUUGGGACUAUAACAUCACUGUUAGUAUGGUGGAGAUCUACAAUGAGACACUACGGAACUUGUUAGGAGACAAUCCCAGUGAGAAGCUAGAUAUUAAGAUGUGUCCUGAUGGUAGCGGCCAGCUUUAUGUGCCAGGACUGACGCAGUUUAAAGUAGAGAGUGUGGAGGACAUAAACAAGGUGUUUGAGCUGGGUCACAUGAACAGAGCGACAGCAUGCACCAACCUGAACGAGCACAGCUCUCGCUCACAUGCCCUUCUCAUCAUCACUGUAGCAGGUUUCAACUCAGCCACUGGACACCGAACCUCAGGUAAGCUGAAUCUGGUGGACCUGGCCGGAUCAGAGAGAAUUGCUAAGUCUGGUGCAGAGGGAAGUCGUCUACGCGAGGCUCAGUGCAUCAACAAAUCCCUGUCUGCCCUUGGUGAUGUCAUCAACGCUCUUCGUUGUCGACAGUCCCACGUCCCUUUCCGCAAUUCUCGUCUGACUUACUUACUCCAGGAUUCGCUCAGUGGAGACAGCAAGACACUGAUGAUGGUGCAGGUGUCUCCUCUGGACAGUAACGUCAGUGAGUCGGUCUGCUCCCUGAAGUUUGCCCAGCGUGUUCGUACUGUAGAAAUUGGCCCAUCUUCAUCCUCACGGAGACAGGCUGAGAACUCUUCAACUUCCUCCUCACCCACUCAUGACAGUGUGGAGCUGGACUCUCCCCCUGUGACCCCGGUGCCACUCCCCAUCUCCAGGGCCAGCAGUGCAGGGUCUACCCUCUCCUCUACGUCUAAAACCACUGGCAGCACCCGCAGAAGAUCACACAGUCAGCUGUCCACAGACAGGCAGGUAGACAGAGGCAGUCCAUUGGUGGGGGACGGUGGGCAGGGUGCCUUCUGUUGUCUCAAAACAUAUAUGCAUUGGAAAUAGUGAAGGAAAAGUAUGUAAUAGGACGAAUGAAAUUGACAGCCUGAAGUCACCUCAGAUUUGACCUUCUGAGAGGGUCUCCCAGCACCUUUUCCAUCUGACAGAAACUCUUCUGUUGGGUUCCCAUCUCUCCUGAGAGCUUCAGUUAUUGGAGAAGGCUGCACUCAGUUUAUAGAGAGGGGAGGGCUCAUUCAGCUGAUAAAACGAUGUGCACUAUGAUUGGACAAUGGUUUGGUGUGACUUGGAAUUCACUGGCUCUUUGCUUGAUUUGGUCCAAUAAUUACGCUCACAGACCUUAUGCCCGCCUGCUGGGACAGGGCACGGUCCACUUUCUCUUCAAGUCCUGUCAGAACCGCCCACCUCCUCACAGUGACAGUAAGGACGCAUUGCUGAACAAACUCUCACCCAUCUAAAGUAUUUUUUGGACAAAAUGCACUUUAAACUAGGCAAUUGUUACCAUCCACUACAGCUCUCAAUAUUAAACUGAUUUAUGUUUGCAUGUAUUAUAUGUUAUGUGUGUGGCCAAGAAUGGUAUUUUAAUCUUUGCUUAUCGUCUGCUGAUGAUUUUUUGAUCAUUUUUUUUUGUCGUUGCUAAUUUUUUUUCUUUUCUUUUUUUCUGAGCAAUCAUCUGAAUUUAUUUCUUGUUCCUUUUACUUGCAAACUUUGUGUCUUCAUUGAAACAUCAGAACCUCUCACACAUUUGUGGAUCAUGCAAAGCUUCAGAAUGACUGUAAUAUAAUAAUAUGAGCAAUAAUGCAAACCCAGUCUUGCCUCCUCUUAGUAGCUGUCUGUUAACUGUAUAUUUGGAACUCUGAGGGCUACUUGGAGCCGUCUUCCUGAUCUGCACGUGCUUGUUUCCACCCAAUAACUCAACACACUAUUCAUUCAUCGGGACAAUCAUAGCACGGCGACUGUGUAGAUACUGUAAAUUUGGAUUAUGAAAUGAAUACAUUGAGAGCCAUGCAAGUUGUUGCUGGACUUGUUAGCACCAGAAUAAUUCCCCAUACCUUAGGCGCUGUAAAUAGGACAUAUUUCAAAAUGUACCCACAGCCAGCAGCUAUGUUUACUCAGUGUGUACAAAUUCUGGUGUUAAGUUUAUUUUCAUUAGAUAAUUGAAGGAGGCUCGUUGUUGGUCGUUGUGGGUUCUGCUUGCUUGUACUUAUGUGGAUUUGUAUGAGGUUCUGUUUUUGUACACUGUUUUUAAUAAACACCCUAAACUCAAA